AUGCUGAAUGACCCCACUAUGUUGCAACAAAUGUCAAGCAACCCUAUGCUUUUAAACCGAGUUAUUGGUGCACAGAGUGGAGGUUUAAGAGCGGCACUUUUAGCGAAAAUGGCAGGCUAUGGUGGAGCUGCAGACGGAACAGCUUAUAACCCUCAAAGUCAAAUGAAUUUGAGUUCACUCAAAAAUCAAAUAACAGAUGUCAAAAAGUCAAACAUAGACAUACAGAAACAAAUAAGUGAAAACGAAAAGAAACUAGAAUAUGACAGACACACAAAGAAACUCAAUGAGUUAAACGUAGAGAAAAAGAAGAAAGAAGAACAACUGAAAGAACUAAGUACAGAGGAAUAUGCGAAAAAAGUGUCAGAAAAAGCAGCAGAAGUAGCAAAAAUGGAACAAGAUGUCAUAAAUUUGAAAAACCAUACUACUCAAUAUAAAGUACUGAAAGAUGAAGAAAUAAAACAAAAAGCCCUGAAGACAUAUAUGGAUAGCGAUGAGUAUAAAAAAGAAGUUGAAGCAAAUGUAAAGGCAGAAAAACUUUUACAGUUGCAAAACCAAACCGUACAGUAUGAAAACUUAGCACAAGAAAGUAAAAAUAACGACGCGGCUAUGCAAAAGGCAAUGAAAAGCGCAGAAUAUAUAAAAGCCAACAAUGACUGGUUAGAUGCCCAAGCCAACGCUAAAGCAGCCCAACUCAUAGGGUCAAUAAGGACAAAAAUACAAGCGGAUGAAGACAGUUCAAAUGAAGCUUUAACAAAUGCUGACUUUAAGAACGCCUUCGAAGCUCUUCAUAGUAAGGUGAAACAAGUGAACGACUUCUCAUCUGGAAAGAAACUGAAGUCUGAAG